AUGAAAGUAUUAAAAUUUGGCGGAACUUCGGUUGCCAAUGCUCAAAAUAUAAAACUCGUUCUCGAAAUUAUAAACCAGAAUUCUAAACAAGAUAAACUAGUAGUUGUUGUUUCAGCUUUAAGCAAAGUAACCGAUUUAUUGCAGUUGGCGGCAGCAAAAGCAGCGGCAAACGACGAAAGCUUUAGAGAGAUUGUUGCUGAAAUCGAGAAAAAACACCUUGAUACAUUAAAAGAUCUUAUUCCGGUAAGCGAGCAAAGCAGCUUGUUAAGCCAUGUAAAAAGAAUCAUCAAUCACUUAGAAACUUUAUUAGACGGUUGUUUUUUAUUGGGCGAACUGUCUCCAAGGACUGCUGAUACUAUUUUAAGUUUUGGAGAAUUGCUUUCGUCCUACAUCAUCGCGCAGGCGUAUCAGCAAAUUGAUAAGGAUGUAGUGUAUAAAGACAGUCGCGAACUUAUUAAAACCAACAAUAACUUUAGUAAAGCGGUGGUAAACUUUGAAGUUUCUAACCAAUUGAUUCAGGAAUAUUUUGGCGAAAAUCAAUCACAAAUCAAUAUUUUACCGGGGUUUAUUGCUCAGACCCAUGACGGAAUCACUACAACUUUGGGCCGUGGCGGUUCUGAUUAUACUGCUGCUAUAAUUGCCGGAGCGCUUAACGCAUCACAAUUGGAAAUCUGGACUGAUGUAAACGGAAUGUUUACUGCCAACCCUAAAAUUGUAAAACAAGCACAACCCAUUGCAAACAUUUCGUAUCAGGAAGCGAUGGAAUUAUCGCAUUUUGGUGCCAAAGUAUUAUAUCCGCCAACGAUUCAGCCUGUUUUAAGAAAAAACAUUCCCAUUUUAAUCAAAAAUACUUUUGAGCCGGAAGCUGUAGGAACUUUAAUUUCGAAUCAGGCUUCAUCAAAAGAUACGGUUGUAAAAGGAAUCAGUCAUAUCGAUCAUAUUUCGUUAGUAACUUUGGAAGGUCCUGGAAUGAUUGGAGUUUCGGGUUCAUCAAAACGUUUAUUCGAAGUAUUGUCUCAGGAAAAAAUCAAUGUUAUUUUUAUCACUCAGGCUUCUUCUGAACAUUCUAUUUGUAUCGGAAUUUUAAAUUCGGAUGCUGAUAAUGCCGAAGCUGCCAUCAACAAAGCUUUUGAAGUUGAGAUUUUACAAAAUAAAAUUGAUCCUGCUAUUGUAGAAAAAGACCUUUGCAUUAUUGCUUUGGUGGGAGAAAACAUGAAGAAUCACCAGGGUUUAAGCGGAAGAAUGUUUAGUACUUUGGGCAAAAACAACGUAAAUAUCCGUGCUAUUGCGCAAGGUGCUUCUGAGCGUAAUAUUUCGACUGUAAUUAACGAAAGAGACGUUAAAAAAGCAUUGA